AUGGAGGUGCCGAAGACACAGAAGGACAUCCAGAGCCUUACCGGACGAGUGGCAGCCCUCACUCGUUUCAUUUCCAAAGCCACAGACAAGUGUGCACCGUUCUUCAAAGCCCUGAAAGGGGGCAAACACCAUAUAGAGUGGACUGCCGAAUGCGAUAAGGCGUUUCAAGACUUGAAUGACUAUAUGGGCAGAGCACCGCUACUUUCCAAACCCCUCCCUGGGGAAAUUCUCUCCCUAUAUCUAUCGGUAUCCAACACUGCCUUCAGUUCGGUACUGGUACGAAUACCCAAGAAGGCGGAGCUACCGAUCUUCUACGCCCACACCAUCAUCGUUCUGACCAACCAGCCCCUUCGGCAAGUUUUUCAAAAACCAGAAACAUCCGGAAGGCAGGUGAAAUGGGCGAUCGAGCUAGGAGAAUUCAACGUACAGUUCAAACCCAGGCCUGCCGAAAAAGGACAAGCCGUAGCAGACUUCAUCGCUGAACUGACACCUUCGGAGGCUUCAGAACCUGAAAAAACCCCUCCACAGGAAGUCCUACCGAAUGGCAGUCGUCUCGACCAGUCAACUCCUUUUUGGAUCCUACACGUUGACGGCUCGGCAAACCAACAAGGAUGCGGAACUGGUCUGGUACUUACCGCUCCCGAUGGAGCCAAAAUUGAAUAUGCCAUCAAGUUUGGCUUCCGAACGUCCAACAACGAAGCCGAAUACGAGGCGCUUUUGGCCGGCCUACGGCUCGCCAGAAGCAUGGGGGCCAUUCAGAUCAGCAUCUACAGCGACUCGCAGCUAAUAGUGAACCAGGUGACUGCCGAUUUCGCAGCAAAGGACGCAUCAAUGACGGCGUACCUAACGGCAGCACACCAACUGCUAAAGAAGUUCCAGGCGUACGAAAUUUGGCAAAUACCAAGAAACGAGAACAGUCAUGCCGAAGCCCUCGCUAGACUGGCUUCGGCAAUCAACGACAAAGUAGGUCGAAAGAUCCCCAUCGAGAUACUGACACUGCCGAGCACAGCCAUUGCCGAGAUCUGCGCUAUAGAAUACGACAACACAUGGAUGUCGCCUAUUCAUGCUUACCUAACGAACGACACUCUCCCUGCAGACAAGGCCAAGGCCAGACAGUUGCGUUACCGAUCGACAAGGUACAUUGUCAUCAACGACAUUCUGUACAAACGAGGCUACUCGACCCCCUACAUGAAAUGUAUCAAUGAAGAGCAAGGCGAAUAUGUCCUUCGGGAGAUCCACAGUGGUGUCUGCGGCGAUCACUCCGGUUCUAAAUCCCUGGCCCACAAGGCCUUUCGGCAGGGCUACUAUUGGCCAUCAAUGCAUCGGGAUGCAAUAGCAAUGGUGAAGAGGUGCGAUAAAUGCCAACGGUUCGGCAAUAUUCCCCACCUGCUUGCGGAACCCCUCACACCGAUCGUAAGUCCAUGGCCGUUCGCCCAAUGGGGGCUCGACCUGAUUGGUCCAAUGCCACAGGGCAAGGGACAGGUUAAGUACGCAAUUGUUGCCGUGGACUAUUUCACGAAAUGGGUUGAGGCCGAAGCCCUAGCCACCAUAACGGCGGCAAGAGUCGAAGAGUUUGUCUGGACCAAUAUCUGUUGCCGCUUCGGCAUCCCCUACGCCAUCAUCACUGAUAACGGCAGACAGUUUGAUUCGGAGCUCUUCAGUGCCAAGGGCGCUUGGCCGGAGAAGCUUCCCGAAGCUCUAUGGGCCAUACGAACAUCCUAUCGAACCUCCACAGGGGAAACUCCCUUCAGCCUUGCAUUCGGCUCAGAGGCCGUUGUCCCAGUUGAGAUCGGUGAGUCUUCUUACCGAACGGAAAGCUUCGAGCCAAAGGCUAACGAGGCGGCACUCGCGUUAAGCCUGGAUUUAAUCGAGGAACGCCGAACGGUAGCGAACCUUCGGAACGAAGCUUACAAACAGCGCGUCUCUCGGUACUACGACUUAAGGGUCAAAUCGCGCUCCUUCAUAAUCGGGGACUGGGUCAUGCGCAAGGUUUCGCUUGCAACCAAAAACCCAACGGAAGGAACCCUCGGCCCUUCCUGGGAAGGACCCUAUGAAAUCAUCGGCAUCCUUCGAUCCGGCACCUACAGGCUCCGAGGCACAGAUGGGAAGACCCUCGGUCACUCAUGGAAUGUGGACCAUCUCAAGAGUUAUUUUAAAUAA